AUGGCUUCCUCCGCCAACAAGCAUGCCGACAAGCAUGAGCACAACUACACCAUGAUGCAGGCUUUCGAGUGGUACACGCAAGGCGAGGGCAAGCACUGGCAGUGGCUCGGUGACAAUGCCAAACGCUUUGCCGAUAUGGGCAUCACCGCCGUAUGGAUCCCGCCUCCCACCAAGGGCGCUUCUGCUUCAAGCACAGGUUACGAUAUUUACGACACCUGGGAUUUGGGCGAGUUUGCGCAUCCUCGAGACGAGAAGGCUGGUGUGAAGCCUCCCAACAGGACCAAGUACGGUACUCGAGAACAGCUCGAGAAGGCUAUGCAGGAGCUUCGCAAAAAUGGAAUUUCGAUCUACGUCGACGCCGUGCUUAACCACCGAAUGGGCGCCGACGAGCUGCAAACCUUUAAGGCUCGCAUGGUUGAUUCAAACGACCGUACAAAGUUCUGCUCCGAUCCCUACGACAUCCAGGGCUGGACUAAGUUCACCUUUCCCGGCCGAAAGGACAAGUACUCUGACUUCAAGUGGGGCUUCGAACACUUUGCCGGAGUUGACUGGGAUCAAAAAUCAGACACCAAGGCGAUCUUCCGUAUCGAAGGCGAUGGCAAGAGCUGGGCUACUGACGUCGACAAAGAGAAUGGUAACUACAGCUUUCUGAUGGGCGCAGAUAUCGACCAUUCGCAUCCAGAUGCCAAGCGAGAUCUGCUAAACUGGGGUGCUUGGAUAAUGCGCAACUUCCCUGUCGCUGGUUUCCGAUUUGAUGCCGUGAAGCAUAUCUCUCGAGAGUUCAUUCACGACUUUGUCAAACACAUCCGCGAAGAGGCACGCAAGCUACGGGAGGAAAGAGGGCUUGAGCCUGCGGACGAGUCAGAGGGACCCAUCGCGUUCAGCGUCGGAGAGUUCUGGAAAGACAGUCUAGGCUCUUGUCUCGAGUACCUGGGCAAGUUUGGAGACGAGCAAUUUUCGCUCUUCGACGCGCCUCUGCACUACAACUUCAAAGAGGCUGGUGACGGUGCUGAAUCUUACGAUCUGCGCAAGAUUUUUGACGACACUGUCGUUCAAGCUCGACCUAUUGAUGCGGUCACCUUGGUAGACAACCACGAUACGCAACAGGGCCAGGCACUAGAGUCGACUGUGCCUGCGCAGUUCAAGCCGCUGGCGUACUCUCUUAUUCUGAUGCGCAUCGAUGGCUAUCCUUGCGUCUUCCUCGGAGACCUCGAUGGCUGCAACCCUACUGGCAUCGACAAUGGAGAAGGAAAGGCGGACCCGAUGGCGGAUCUCGAGAAAUUCGUCAAGGCGCGCAAGUACUAUGCUUACGGUGAGCAGAAGGAUGUCUGGGAUCAUCCCAACUGCGUUGCUUGGGUCAGGACUGGCACCAAGGCUGACGACGGCUCGGGUUACGAUGCUUCGGUCACCAUCAUCUGCAACGGCUCUGCACAAGGUACCAAAUGGGUCGAGGUUGGUAAGCGCUACGCUGGCCAGAACUUUGUCGAUGUCAUCGGAUGGUUCCAGGGCCAAGCCAAAGUCAACGAGGAUGGCUGGGUCGAGGUGCACUGCCAUCCACGCUCAGCCUCCAUCUGGGUUCCGGAGGACUCCAAGCAUCGAGAGUUCUUCUAA